UAUAACAUCUAUUGGAGAGGAAGGGGAAGAGAAGAAGCAAGAGUUAGAGAAGGGCCUUGGGCUCUCUUUUCUCCUUUGUACUCCCAAAAAACAGAAGAAGGGGGAAAAAAUUCUGCAGCUUUUGUGUCACACUAAUUUCCUGCAAACCAAAGCGGCUAUAUAACUUCGCAUAAAAAUGGGUGAAGAGCAAAAGGAAGAGGAGCAAAAGGAACAAGAAGAGAAGAAGGCAGAGGGUGCCGAGGAGAAUAAAGAAGAAGAGAAGAAAGAGGAGAAGAAGGAAGAAGAGACACCAGAGGUAGUGCUCAAAGUGGACAUGCACUGUGAGGGCUGUGCAAAAAAAGUUGAAAGGUCUCUGAGGCGAUUUGAAGGUAUUGAAGAUGUGAAGACAGAUAGCAGAUCCAGGACAGUGGUGGUGAAAGGAAAGGGAGCAGACCCAAUAAAAGUAUGUGAGAGGAUUCAGAAGAAGACUGGCAAGAGGGUGGAACUAAUCUCUCCCCUUCCUAAGCCUUCCGAGGAGGAGAAGAAAGAGGAACCCCCGCAAGAAGAAAAGAAGGAAGAGCCAAAGGCGAUUACAGUCGUAUUGAAAGUCCGAAUGCAUUGUGAUGCAUGUGCACAAGUUUUACAGAGGCGGAUAAAAAAGAUGGAUGGUGUGGAGUCAGUGGUGACAGACCUGCCAAACGAUCAAGUCAUUGUUAAAGGCAUGAUAGACCCAGUAAAAUUGGUGGAGAAUGUGUAUAGACGAACCAGAAAGCAAGCUUCAAUAGUGCAAGGUGAGGAAAAGAAGGAAGAAGAGAAGAAAGAAGAGAAGAAGGAAGAGGAGAAGGAAGAGAAAGGUGAAGGUGAAAAGAAAGAAGAGAAAGAAAAUGGAGAAGAUGACAAGAAGAUUGAUGUUAAAAAAUAUGAAUAUUGGCCUCUUAGAUACUCUGUUGAGUAUGCAUACCCACCUCAAAUUUUCAGUGAUGAGAAUCCAAAUGCUUGCACCAUUAUGUAACCAAAGAAUGUGAACUUAAAAUGUUUUGCUAAGUUAUAUUUUGUAUGCAUAUGUGUGCUAGUGCAUAUUUUAGUGGCUAGUGGGGAAAAUAUUAAGCUAUAUUUCUUGAUCU